GAUUGGUGCCCCAGUCGUGGAGUUCAGUUACACCCCUGGAAAAAAUAGUGUCCCAGAAAAAAUAUAUUUAAUUGCCUCGUCCAUUUUGUACUACUUGGUACCUCGGGGUACAGCCAUAAGGGAUGAUUUGUCUUGCGUCUUAUGUUAGUUACGUGUAGUGGCAUUGGUCCAUUCAAAUUAUUCAAGAAUGGCAUCUGUGCAGAGUUUAGCAUUCCUUUCGUUAUUUGCCACAUGUUCUUAAGCUGACUCAAUCGAGGUCCAUUACAAUGUAUUUAACACUGGAUUCUUUAACUCGUUUUUGAAUAUUAUUUUUACGAGAUUUUGAAUAAUAGUGGACGUAUGUAUAUGGUUUUAAUAAAAAAAAUAUAUAGAAAAAACACUGCACUGUUGUAGAAAACAUUUCAGCAUACUGUGUAGUAAAUGUGUUUUAUGUUUGAGAAAUACCUUCAGUUUUGGAUCAAACAAAAUCCAUGUUGAUUGACAUAUUCUGAUGUGCUGUUAAAAUAAAUUACGAGUUUACAGGUUAAAGAUGGGGUGUUCUUAUCUUAAAGUAUAUCUUCAACUAGAUUUUUUUUGUGUGCUGCUAAUUUUUACAUUACUUCAGCCUUGCAAACUCCAGACUCAAUAGUAUUCUGUCGUUGUAUACCUCUGAGACAACUCAUGGAGAGCUUUGAUUUACCCGCCGUGAUGUUAGCGGUAACAAAAACAUAUUUCUAGUGGUCUUCCAAUUUACGCUACAUGCCAUUUCUUAGUUGUCUGAAUAACAACUUUAUUAAAUCAGUUUUCUUUCCCCUCUCCGUGCCUUCAUAAUGAGUAAUAGAUUCAAUAGCCUCAUCUCCUUUCGCAAAUGCAGUGUUGGCUGCGUUUGUUUUGUUUUUAGAAGUCACGUAUUGACGCAGACAAAGCUUAGGCUGGAGGCACUGUACUGUACGCUACUACGUACGGCACAUUACGCGGUACUGACAUUCUUUUUUCGGUUACGUUCUGCGCACUUCAAGAUGCUUUUACAGGGUUUUCAACAAUUCCAAACCCCACAGAGAUGUUGCACUUGAGAUGCGUACACGUCGUUGUUGCGAACCAAACAGAGUUUGUUGUUUUUACGUAGGUUAAGUUGAAAGAGUGCAGAAAUGUUCAAGAACCAAACAAUUGAUGGCAUUCGAGCCCUGUGUUUAAGAUAGGGUGGGGGGGGGUGAUGGCAUCCUUCCUCAUUUAUAUUGCAGUGGUGUUCCCGUGAUUAAUACAGUUUUGUCUGAAAGCCCCGCAAGAGUCUUCCGCAUUCUAGGCACUUUGCCACUUCCGUUGUUGUUGUGCAGAUUGCUUUGGGAGGCCGCUUGCAGCCAGCCUCCCCUCCCCAUUAGGUUGCUUCGGCGAGUUAUUAUAAAUGUGGAAAUGUGUUUGCGUCAGGGACGGACAGGGGAAGCUCCCUAGCAUGAAUUGGCAACUCUGCUCUUCUUGUACGACGUGUACUUAAAAUUUGGAAAUCUGGAGAUACACCCAAGAUCUCAAGACGAGCCCAGUGACGACCCCUCUUGAACAGACAACAUUUAUGCAGACAAUGUCGCAAGAAGAGAACAAAAUGGAUGGCGUGGACAGCACAGCUCCCAAGGAAAGUCCGGUUGAGCAAGUUGCUGGUGGGGAGGAGGAGUGCUUGAAGGUCCGCUUUGCGGUGCUGAGUGGAGAACAUGUGCAGCAUGUGCAGCGGACGGCCGAUUCAGUGCUGACGCUCACAAAUUACCGUCUCCACAUCGUGCGUGGCCGUCACGCCACCAGCAUUCCAUUGCGAUUAAUUGACAGUGUGGAGAGCCGAGACAUGUUUCAGUUGCAGAUCACCUGCAAGGAUGGCCGUGUUUACAUGUGCAGCCUGCAGACAUUUGAGGAGUGUCAGAGUUUGUGCAAGCGGCUAUCCAAUAUGGCACUGCUGCCACCUGGCUUAGAUGGCCUCUUUGCAUUUGCUCACCACGCCACGUGUCAGGACGGGGGUUCAGGUGAUGGGCAGGCCACGCUGUGUCAGCCCGGCGAACACAUUGUGGAAAGGUUUCAGAAUGAGGUGGAGCGAAUGGGCUACGACCUUGAAAAUGCUUGGAGGACAAGUGAGGUGAAUGCCAGCUACCGUCUGUGCGCUAGCUACCCCCAGCAGCUGCUCGUGCCUGCUUGGAUCACUGACAAGGAGCUGGAGAGAGUGGCCUCCUUCCGCUCGGGCAAGCGAAUCCCUGUCGUCGUGUACCGGCAUCAGCACAAUGGGGCUGUGAUAGCACGCAGUAGCCAGCCAGAGGUGAGCUGGUGGGGCUGGCGGAGCCCAGAGGAUGAACACCUCAUCCAGUCAAUGGCACGCGCAUGCGCCCUUAAUAAAUGGGAGCCAGGGGGCGGUGGCACUGGCAGCAAUGGCUAUGGCGCUGAAUUCAGCUCUCUUCAGAGUGAAUAUGAAACAUCCCAGGUGCCUGCCGCCCAGUCGCUGCUCAUCAUGGAUGCCCGCUCCUAUCCAGCCGCCGUGGCCAACAGAGCCAAGGGGGGUGGCUGCGAGUGCCCAGAGUACUACCCAAACUGCGAAAUUACUUUUAUGUCCAUGGCGAACAUCCACUACAUUCGCAAGAGCUUUCAGAGCCUACGCACCCUCUGUUCCCAACCGCCAGAUCCCAACAGCUGGCUGUCGGCUCUGGAGAGCACACGCUGGCUUCAGCACCUGUCCCUGCUGCUCAAGGCUGGCUGUGCUGUAGCGGGUGCGGUGGCCGGGGAGGGACGUCCCGUGCUUGUUCACUGCUCCGACGGCUGGGACCGUACCCCGCAGAUUGUGGCACUGGCCAAGUUACUUCUUGAUCCCUACUACCGUACUAUCCAGGGGUUUCAAGUUCUGGUGGAGAUGGAGUGGUUGGACUUCGGGCACAAGUUUGCGGACCGAUGCGGGCACGGAGAUGGCUCCGAGGAUGCCAGUGAGCGCUGCCCCGUCUUCUUGCAGUGGCUCGACUGCGUUCACCAGCUGCAGCGCCAGUUCCCAUGCUCCUUUGAGUUUAACGAAGCUUUCCUUGUGAAGCUGGUGCAGCACACGUAUUCGUGCCUCUAUGGCACGUUUAUGUGUAACAGCACACGCGAGCGAGCAGAGCGCGGCACAGCCAACCGCUGCUGCUCCGUGUGGUUGCUCCUGCGGCCUGCUAACAAGGCAUUCACGAACUUGCUGUACACCCCGGGCUCUGACACGGUGCUGCGGCCUGUCUACCAUGUGCGGAGUCUGCUGCUGUGGUCAGGAGUGUACCUCCCAGAGCCUUUUUCUGCCGGGCCUCCUCCCCGAGACCUUCCACCGGCGCCCCCUCCCACCUUCCCAUUACCGAACCCCAAAGCUGAAGAGGGGCCGCACCUGAGGUUGUCCAAGACGCGCUCGUUUGAGGACCUGCCGUCAGCGACCGAGGGGGUGGCCCAGGGGGGUGGCCCAGGUGGGGGGCGACGCCUCAGCGACCCGAGCCUGCAGGGCCUGGGCCUGCGCAUCGACCGGCGCGGCUCCAUGGAAAUCAUCAGCUGCGUGUCGGACACCCCAACCGAAGAUGGCCUCCUGGCGCAAAGUGAAACGUUCGCAUGCGCCCCCUCGCGUGACUCGGGCCUCGAGGCCUCGGACCCUGACUGCGCGCCAAUAUGCAGCGGUCACGAGGCGGACCACCAUAGGAGAGAGCGCACGGCCGCCUCGGAUAUGCACGAGCACAAGCCCUUGGUGAACAAGGUUGGAUUUGAACUGGAUGCAGUGGCAAAGGCUGAUGGCUCUUUGGGGAACACGUGUUGGUGUGAUUCUGGUGUUUCUUUGCAACCGGCAGUGGGACACAAUAUGCACGGUAAAGUGAGAAAGCAAGCUUCACAUUGUGUUCAGUCUCUUAACAGGAUCAAUGUCCCACACGAGUUGCUUGGAGAGUUUUCCGCAGAGCAAGCUUCUGAAAAGCUCGACUUCGCACAGACUGUUAUCCACAGUGCUUCAUCUCCUGCCGUGAUCACGUGGAGUUCUGAGACCUGUGGUGCAGGAACAAGCCACCCACCAGACAAAAAUGGUGAUGAUGACCUCGCUUGGGUCGACGCUGAUCUGGUAAAUAGCACUGUCAACUCCCGCAAAGAGAAGAAUGAUUCUGGAAUGAGUAAUGGGCACUGUGAGAAUGUCAAUGGUAAUUCAGAUUCUGUGUCCGCUGAAAAGUCUCCAGUUCAGCCCUCUGCCUCUCAGGCUGUGGAACAAGGCAUGGUGCAAGAUAGGAAGUCCGUCAUGGAGAGCUCAACUGAGACCAUCACAGAUGAAGUACAGACAGAACAAGAACUGAGCAGUGACAACAUCUGCGGUCAGAACCGCCAGGGAGUGGUCAUAACCCGAGAUAUUCGCAGUGCACAGGUCUGCUGUCUGAUGCACAAGUUGAAGUCUGUUGAUCUGGAUGCAAAGGAUAAUUUAAGGUCCUGCAAAGGUGUUAAAUCCAAUGGGUUGAGAAGUGUAGAAAGACGAAAAGCCUGCCUAGCCUUAGGUACAGCUGGCAGCAUGAGCAAGUCUUGUAUUAAUGGGGAGCAUAAGCAAAAGCGAGGGCGGAGGCGAAAUAACUGUGGAGCUUGCAAAGGAAAGUUUGCUCUUGACCGGGCACACAGAGCAACGGAGCAGCCCAGGCGAUGCAGGGCUGGAAAGCUGUGUACUAUUUGCAGUUUGACAGAAAUUCAAGCUUUAGAGCAAAGUAAACAAGGCAUUGAGAAAGACAUUGGUACGACAGUUGCUGUUGACAUGGUGCCGUUAUCCUGUGGAAGGCAUUUGGCAGAUAUUAAAAGGAAUCGUGUACGUUCCAAGCCCAACGAUUGUUCAGGAAUGUGUCCUCAGGCCAACAGCUCUGUAGGACCGGGGCCGACUCAAUUUAGCAAUAGACAGAACCAAGGAUGUGCGGACUCGGGUUGGCCUCUAACAAAUGGUGAUGCAGAGCAGGAAAAGUGUACUGCAUCCGUUCACAUGAAAAAUACAAAUUGCGAAUCGACCAUUCCCAUUAACAGUGGACAUCAUCAGUGCACGCAUCAUAAAAUGGGUAGUAGGUGUGUUUCUGUCAACAGUAGCAUUGGGAAUGACUGGAUUCAACUUGCGGAUUAUGUGCCUCACAUGGGCACAGACAGAAGACACUCCAAUGGUGUGUGCCACCCUUCAGCUUGCAGCUCCAUUAACUCUGCCUCGGAAAAUUUCUUGUACUGCGGCUGCUCUGCACGGCAAGGUGGAGCGUUAGAAAAAAAUGCGGCGCACCCAGUCCAGCAUUGUGACAAUGUCACGCGCUGGUCCAGAGCAUCUUCAACAAUGGCAGCAAUGACAACGGUGGUUGCAUCGACCACGGCCACUGAAUCUUGGCCUGGAGAAGAGAAGCAGGAAGCUGAAGACGAGGAAGGCGAAGGGGAUCCAGAUGGCUUGCCCUGCGCACCAGACCCUGUGCAGCGCCGAUUGCUCCAGAUGGACGCUCAGCACCGCAGAGAAACGCUGCUACUUCGCCGCGCUCUGCAAGAGCUUCGGGCUCAGCUCAGCGGGAGGCAGCGGCAGCAGCUUCUGCAGGCGGAGCGGCCAAAGCUGGACAUGUCUGGUGGGCCCGACAGGAGGCAACCCGAGUGCCCUGAGGAGUUGUCUACGAUUUCGGACCUGGACAGCGAGGUGGAGUCGGGUCCGCUGUCUCAGUGCAGUACUGGGAUGGUGUCGGAGACCAGUUGGGAGCACAUCGACACGCAUGAUGGACAUCAGGUGGCAAAGCUGGUGCCAUCCCAAUGUUACAGCUGCGAGGGGCCCGUCUGGCUUCAAAGCACGGAACACUACUGCAGGGAUGAGGACCUGUCUGCCCAGUCCUGGAGCUGUGGUAAGGUCUUUUGUGCGAGCUGUUGCGACGGUCGGAUGUCCCCGCCGAGCAAGAAGCCCCUGGACGUGUGCGGGACGUGCCGUGAUGGCGUGCGGAAAGACGGAGCUCGCGUCAGCGAGUUUGAGACGCCUCAGACCGCCGCCUCCUCCAGCUGAACGCGUGUGGAACUCUUUCGAGUGCACACCUUGCACAUUUUAAUAUUGCCAAUAAAGUAAUUGCAUUUAAACUUGUAAUAUCUGUAGGACUAAUGAUAAACGUUGUUUAUAAUAAAUGCAUAUUUGCUCCAGCUAAACACGUUUGCUGUUCUGCUUAUUUAACUUUAAAACGGCGCCUAAUGGCACUUGCAAAGAAAUAGCCGACUGUGCUUUUUUUGUAACAGAAGCAGGGUGUUAUUCCUCAGGCUCUGGUGAGCUUAGCAGUUUUGGAAAGAACUAUCUCUAUUAUGAUUGUCCUAAUAAGUGUCCACAUUGCAGCUGCCUUGCGAAUGCGCACAUAAAACUUUACACGUAAACUUAGAGUUUGGCCUCUCCAGAGCGAUAACAAUUCCCAUAUUCUAUCUAAAAAUAAAUGUAACUUUUAGGGAUGACGAAAUUGGUGGGGUUAACAAGCUACUGUAACAAGGGUACGUCUAUUGUCAUGGGGAUAUAUUUUAAAAUGCCAUAGGUAAAUGAUGGGAGAAUGGCAAGAGUGUCCUGAGCAAGUGGUCCGUGAACCUGAAAAGAGCAAGGUGUUUUGUUUGUGCAGAGUAUGUGAAAUUUGUUUCUGGCCUGAGGAUUAGGAAUAAGAGUUUGCUCACUCUUGCUUCGUACCUCCAGCACUCACGCUGAGAGAGAAGGCCUCUGUACAGCCUCACACUCUCUGUUUGUAAGGUGUCAUUAAAACAAAACAAAAACUUGUGCAUCCAGCCUUAGAAACACAAGCGCAGAAUGUUUUUUUGUAAAUGGUGAAAAUGUUUGAGUAAACGCUAAAAACCUCAGUUGUACAGUGUGGAUAUGAUGGCAGCAUAUUUUGUCACAUUUGCUUAUUCCUAGUCCUGGGUAAUACUGUGCACCAAAUAGACUUUGACUUGAAGUAAAGAAAUGUAAAUGCUGUAUAUGUGGCACCUGUGAGGAGGAAGAAGGGGUGGGCGGGGGGGGGGUGGUCAGUGCCGAUUGUGAUAAAUUGUACAGAACUGCAUGUUGUGGAAUUGGCAAGCGCACCAAGAAUUGGAACAAAUUCAAAUUUGUAGUUGACAAUGCAUUGAGCAUAGUAGUUUGCACAUACGUAAGGCCUAAUUUUCAUUGGCUUAAAAUGCUUAUAAUUUAUUUGACCUUUUGUUUACAAUUUAGUGAUAUUGCAAUGCUUCAUUAUAAAAACUGUAGUGAAAUUAAUAGUUGUAUGUGGUUUCUGAACAAUGCAAACAUUUGCUGUAAUCAUUUUUAUUGACUGUUUAUUAUUGCUGCACGUUAGAACAAUCCUAAAACCACCCAAUAGGCUAUCCAGCGGAUCUAAUUAGAGUUAACCUAAAAAUACAUCAUUUCGUAAGAAACUUUUUUUCCAUUACAUAUAAGUUAUGUAUUUGCAUUCUGCAAUUGAGGUACAUUGUGCGUUAAUGGAAUUUAUUAUAAACAAUUGGUUAAAGGAUUCUACUCGAAAAUAUAUUUAAUGUUACAAUUCAUGUUGGCCUAUGUUGGGUAUAAAGUUAAUAAAUAUAUUUGGCUUUACAAUUUUUUGUAAAUGCUUGCUUUAAGCUUUUUAUCUUUUACAAUAAAAGCGUACCUAUGGUUGCAUUUGUUAAGGUGUACUAUUUAGUCUCAUAUUUCAUCGUUUUUAUUGACAGUCUUCCCAUUUGUGGCAGAAUGCAGUGUUGCUGCACCAAAAUAUAUUUACCCAGGCAACAUUCCAGUUUAAAAUUGGGUUCUGUAUCAAAUGAAACACUCCCAAAGGUUGGCCCAACCUGAAGUGAGCACCUGUGUUGAUGAAUUUUAAGCAAUGUGGUGUGAACGACCCUUGCUGACCACUGGAAUAAGUGCAAGCUACUGCACAUGUUCCGUUUCUUUAUCAGUAAUUCAGAUUAUGGUAAUAGCAUUAUUAUUAACUAACGUACAUUGAUUUGCUCUUUGUUUUCUCUCCUUUAAUCUGAACCAAUUUCUGUGCCACUAAUGGCAGUAUUCAACCCAUUUUAAUAAAACGGUAUCUUUGGUUGUAAUAUGCAACUUAUUGCCAGUCUGGUUGAAUGAAGUAUGUGCACCUGUUUAAGUUCUAUGUAAAUUACUAUCCUCGUAUUACUCCGAGCGCUCUUAGAUUCCAGUCGAGUCCAAUUUCAGUUAUGAUUUGUGUAGCAAAUUCCUAUUUAUUCAUUUUUAAUAUUCGCUUAACCAGUAAAUGUUAUUCAAUAACAAAAAAAUUUGCUCUACUCUAUUACUUGGUUAUAACCUAGUAUAGCUAGUAUAACAUACCCCUGUAUUGCAUUUACAGUGCAUGCAAUGUCAAGACUACAAGGCUGGCUUUGCACCCACAUUCUAUUAUUUUAAAUUCAAUUUACUGUCGCUCACAAUUGAAAAAAGUUUAUUCCUUGCUAAAUUAAAAUAAGUAACUGAAUGAUGAAAGUCAAUAUUUACACUGGAAAUUCUAGAACUUUAGUAUUAAAAUCAUGUUAAGGAUUACUUUUGCAAUUGAAUGUGCUGUACAAGUUUAAAUACUUUAACUCUAGCUAAUGGUAAAUUAGGUCUGCUGACAAACAACAAUUUAUUUUGUCCUAUUUGCAUUUUCGUUUGUAAUCAGUUGGAUUCGGCUGUAUACAACAUUUCUCCACAAUUCAUAAAGUACACGGGUUGAUUUGCUGCCGGAAAUGUAGGUACAUGAUACAUUCUGUAUCCAUAAACAUUAAAAAAAACAAAUGUAAGCAUACAAAUAAGUAAUAAAAUGCAGCAGCGAAUCUUAAAUGCCUUGGUAAAAUAUACUUUACAUGCAUUUACACUUUCUGAAUGUUCUAUUGUGUUUUUUUUUGUCCCAGUGCUUUGGACACCAUACUCUGUUAAUGGUAAAUUGUUUCCUGUCUUCAGUAUGGAGAAAUGUGUCUUCUUUGUUUAAAAAGACGAAAAAAAUUACACGAUAUGAAAUAAAGCCUGUAUAUUUUGAUCCUUAGCCAUGCCCCAGGCUGGUGUGUAAGAGAAUGUGAAAUAUGAAUUUUGUUUUGUAAUUUGUGAUUUCAGUUUGAAACAGAGUUGGUGCUCUUGUUUUGAUGCUUUGGAAGUGGCUGCUAUGUAAGAAUAAACACAAACAGGAAAAAAGGCUAACAAUUGGAAUUGAAGGUUUGUACUACUAAAUAAAAAAGGAAUAAAACAUCACUUUGCAUAUGG